AUGGCGCCAGUUCCCAAAGAGUGUGAUUACCUUGUCAUUGGUGGUGGCAGUGGUGGUUUGGCAUCUGCAAGGAGGGCCAGUGGCUACUAUGGGGCAAAGACAAUUGCGGUAGAAAGCAAGCGACUAGGAGGAACCUGUGUCAAUGUGGGAUGUGUACCUAAGAAGGUCACAUUCAACGCAGCCUUGAUUGCAGAAACUAUAAAAGAAGCUAAGGCUUACGGAUUUCAUGUCGAACAUACAGCUCCAUUCGACUGGGGCUAUUUCAAGAACAAGAGAGAUGCAUUUAUCAAGCGCCUCAACGGAAUCUACGAGAAGAAUUUGGGAAAUGACAAGGUGGAAUAUAUUCACGGACGAGCACAUUUGACCGGCAAGAAUGAAGCAGAGAUUGUCCUGGACGACGGCACGAAACAGAUCGUAAAGGCAAAGAAAAUUCUACUAGCAGUUGGAGGACACCCAACUAUUCCACAAGGCAUUCCAGGAUCAGAAUACGGUGUCAACAGUGAUGGCUUCUUCGACAUCGAUAGGCAACCAAAGAAAGUUGCGUUAGUGGGUGCCGGAUAUAUUGCUGUGGAGUUUGCAGGCAUGUUCAAUGCUCUUGGAACGGAGACACAUCUCUUUAUUCGACACGAUAAGUUCUUGAGAAGUUUCGAUCCCAUGGUCCAAGAUGCGAUCACCACGGAAUAUGAAAGACUAGGCGUUCAUUUACACAAGAACUCGAGUCAAAGCAAGGUCGAGAAAGACGAGAAGACAGGAAAGCUGACGAUACACUAUAAGGAUUCGACAGGAGAAGGCAAGCUUGAAGAUGUUGACGAUCUGAUUUGGGCCAUCGGACGUUCACCAGAAGUCGAAGAUCUCGGACUAGACAAGGCCGGAGUCAAACAAAACGACAAAGGUCAAAUCAUUGCGGACGAAUAUCAAAACACCAAUGUUGAGAACAUCUAUUCUCUUGGUGACGUGGUUGGCAAGGUCGAGCUCACCCCUGUCGCCAUUGCAGCAGGUCGAAAGCUCAGUGAUAGACUUUUCGGACCCGAAAAGUUCAAGGAAUCAAAGCUGGACUACAAUUUGAUUCCAUCUGUUGUCUUUGCUCACCCAGAGGUUGGCAGUAUUGGUCUGACAGAACCACAAGCGAUUGAGAAGUACGGCAAGGAGAACAUCAAGGUGUACAACACCAGCUUCACCGCCAUGUACUACUCAAUGAUGGAGCCAGACGACAAGGGACCCACAAAGUACAAACUUGUUUGUCAAGGACCAAAUGAGAAGGUCGUUGGUCUCCACAUCUUGGGUCUGGGAAGUGGAGAGAUGUUGCAGGGUUUUGGUGUAGCUGUCAAGAUGGGUGCUACAAAGGCCGACUUCGACAGCUGUGUGGCAAUCCACCCCACAAGCGCCGAAGAACUGGUUACGUUGAAGUAA